AUGAAUUUAAAAAUAGUUGCGGUUCUAGUAAUUUCAGUGUGUUUAAGUAUUAAUGCUGAAUUUCCUGACGAACCUAAACCUUGCAAAUAUGGAGAUACGGAAUGCAUUAUUACAACAAUUAAUUUUUUGUUUAAGGAAAAAUCGAAAGGCGACGACUCCAUGAAUUUGCCACAACUUAAUCCCUUGAAAUUCGAUGAGGUACACAUGCAACAAGGAGAAGAAAGUCCAGUUACUAUGGAUCUGUUAUUAAAAAAUAACAAUAUGUAUGGACUAGAUACAGCCAAAGCCGUUAAAAUCAAGGGGUUUGGCAAGGAUUUAACCAAAAAACAUAGUCUUAUCAUACAUGCCGACUAUCUGAGUGUAAUUGGUGACUAUGAUAUUAAUGGCAAAAUUUUAAUACUGCCCAUAAAGGGUAGUGGUAAAUCGAAUAUAACUAUGGUUGAUGUCGAUCUAAUAAUGAACUUUUUGGGUACACCCCUCGAAAAAGAUGGAGCUACGUAUAUGAAUAUUGAGAAACUGAAUGUGGAUGCAGAACCCAAGGGCAUGCUGUAUAAAGUGGAGAAUCUAUUUAAUGGCGAUCAGGCAUUAGGCGAUAAUAUGAAUUUGUUUUUAAAUGAAAAUUGGCAAGAAAUUUACACUGAAGUACGUGCUUCAUUGAGUAAAGCAUAUGGUGAAAUUUUUAAGGAAGUCAUCAGUGCUGUUUUUAGUAAAUAUCCUUAUGAUAAAUAUUUCACCGAAUAA